GCCCUUAUCCGCGCGCGUGGUGUUUCACUUUCUAGCGUUGACGAGACUGAGAGGACGCUCUACCGUGACGGUCUGACACAUCAUCACGCUUUAGUUGGCGCAUCAGGGCUGCAAGAAAAAUCCUUUCUAUUAGAAUAAGGUAAUUUUGUUUAAAUUAUGUAUUGGUCUAAAUUAUUUAUGUUUUCCUCCCUUCACAAAUGUUGAAUCAUUUGCUGCCGUAAAGCCUACUAAAAUGAAGGACUGCGUUCAAGUUGUGUGAAGGGAUCAAUUGGACAACAAGGGUAUGUGGAAGCUUGACUCGAAUGACAGCGGACAAGAAGAGAAGAACGUUACCGGGCUUAGAGGAAGAUAGGAUCCCACGACGUCGUUGGCGUGUUUAUUAAAAUGGCCGUGAAUUAGGGUUCAGGUUAGGUUUAGGGAUACGUUUUAGGGUUCCGGCUAGGUUUAGAGAUACACUUUAGGGUUCAGACUAGGUGUAGGGAUACAUUUUUAGAGUGCAGGUUAGGUUUAGGGAUACAUUUUAGGGUUCAGGUUAGGCUGAGGGAUACAUUUACUUAGAUUUAGCGACAGAAUUAUCUGGUCUUGUCAACCCAUAUUAUAUCCCUUCGAGAUGAAUCUCGGGGAGACCCUGGGCGCAUGUUAAUCAGACGAAAGAGGAUUAUCAGGGAAUUUUACACUGUAUAUAGACCCGGCAACCUUUUGUUCAGUCUUCAUCACACGAUGAGAAGACGAAUGAUAUUUUCUGUUGUUUUGUAGAUGUUGCAAGAGUGGCGGUGAGGGUCUGACUAUAACGUGUCUUACUAUCCUAUCGGCGGAAUGUAUAACGUCAUCGGCCCCGCAAAAUUCAAUUUGCCCAAGGCCCCGCACCCUCCUAGCGCCGGCCCUGUUCCUCGGCGGACAUGGCAAAUGAAAAGACAAGAAAAAAUAGAGACAGGUUGAGGCCAAUCUUACAUUUCAUAUUAAAGAUUAGGAAAAGGGAUCUUGGGAGUGGUUCGGUUUUUUGUUUCGUUUUUUUUUUUUUUUCUUAUUUAUUUAUUUUUAAUUUAGAUUGUCUGUACCUGAAAUGAUUUUUAAUUUUUCCAGGGUAGUGUGAAGGGGUUGGGGUUCAAAUGGCACAGUCUUCUUCAGGGACUCAAUUUUUUUGACAUUUAACAUGCAAACUUUGUGUAUUAAGUAUACUUUUUACCAAUCUUACAUUUCAUAUUAAAGAUUAGGAAAAGGGAUCUUGGGAGUGGUUCGGUUUUUUGUUUCGUUUUUUUUUUUUUUCUUAUUUAUUUAUUUUUAAUUUAGAUUGUCUGUACCUGAAAUGAUUUUUAAUUUUUCCAGGGUAGUGUGAAGGGGUUGGAGUUCAAAUGGCACAGUCUUCUUCAGGGACUCAAUUUUUUUGACAUUUAACAUGCAAACUUUGUGUAUUAAGUAUACUUUUUUGUGUGAAUAGAGGGCGACUAGAUGAAAUGCCUUGCCCCCUGUAUUAGCUUUCGCUUACCACGCGAGGCCUUGUUAUUAUCACUUCAACAAAAAAGGAAAGAUUUGUUUCCAGUGACGUUAUGUCCCUUCAACGUGCAUGCAUAGAUUUGUUUCUCGUGAUGUUAUGUCCCUUCAACAUUGAAGGAUAGAUUUGUUUCUAGUUUUGUUAUGUCCCUUCAACAUGUUUGGAUAGAUGUGUUUCUAGUGAUGUUAUGUCCCUUCAACGUGCAAGGAUAGAUUUGUUUCUAGUGAUGUUAUGUCCCUUCAACAUGUUUGGAUAGAUGUGUUUCUAGUGAUGUUAUGCCCUUCAACGUGCAAGGAUAGAUUUGUUUCUAGUUUUGUUAUGUCCCUUCAACAUGUUUGGAUAGAUGUGUUUCUAGUGAUGUUAUGUCCCUUCAACGUGCAAGGAUAGAUUUGUUUCUCGUGAUGUUAUGUCCCUUCAACAUGUUUGGAUAGAUGUGUUUCUAGUGAAUUUAUGUCCCUUCAACGUGCAAGGAUAGAUUUGUUUCUAGUGACGUUAUGUCCCUUCAACAUGUUUGGAUAGAUGUGUUUCUAGUGAUGUUAUGUCCCUUCAACGUGCAAGGAUAGAUUUGUUUCUAGUGAUGUUAUGUCCCUUCAACAUGUUUGGAUAGAUGUGUUUCUAGUGAUGUUAUGCCCUUCAACGUGCAAGGAUAGAUUUGUUUCUAGUUUUGUUAUGUCCCUUCAACAUGUUUGGAUAGAUGUGUUUCUAGUGAUGUUAUGUCCCUUCAACGUGCAAGGAUAGAUUUGUUUCUCGUGAUGUUAUGUCCCUUCAACAUGUUUGGAUAGAUGUGUUUCUAGUGAUGUUAUGUCCCUUCAACGUGCAAGGAUAGAUUUGUUUCUCGUGAUUUUAUGUCCCAUCAACAUGCAAGGAAAGAUUUGUUUCUCGUGAUUUUAUGACCCAUCAACAUGCAAGGAAAGAUUUGUUUCUCGUGAUUUUAUGACCCAUCAACAUGCAAGGGAAGAUUUGUUUCUCGUGAUUUUAUGCCAACUGCAAGCGGCGCAUAGCAAAGGAUGACAAACACUGCUCACUUCUUUUCUUGGAAUCAGGAAGAAAAAGGUUGAGUCAGCCGACGCAGUCGUGUUGUAAGGUCACCAGUGUCUCUCAACCUUUUAUACUGGUGGCCCACUUAAAUGAACUAAUAAGCUAAAUAGUUGUAUGCCUCCCACUUUUUAAAAUUAUCAUUUAAUUUUAUAUAAUAUAAAGUAUUCAGUGUUUUAGUGGUGACCCAGAUAUAUGACGUGGCUCCCUUUGGGCCAUAUGCCCCGCUCUGAGAACUGCUGUCAGAGGCCCCUAACCUUACCACCGGUGUUUACGUAAGACAAUUUGAUCCGGGUGGCUAUUUUAGACGCCGUGGGGCGGUCAGUGUGUUUAUCCACGCCCGCAUUCGGCAAUAAAGCCGCCAGGGCAGGCAAUACCUUCGCCCUCCUUCCCUACCAAGCAGAAAUCAAUGUUUAAUCCGGUUGUAGUGCCCCUGGGGGGUGGGCUUUCGGCCCCAGCUUAGCUUGUCCCCGGUGAUCUAAACAACUAAUUACACCGAUUAAGAGAUUUAAAAAAAAACUGUUAGCGAAAGAAAAUAUAUUUCACUAACAUGCAAAGCUCAAGAGGUGAAAGGUGACGUCAUUGUCACCUUGAUCCCUGCGGGGGCGGUAUAAAAAAAAAGGAGGCCCCAAAGACUCCCUGGAUAAUUUUGUUAUAAAUUAAAAAUCCCGAAGUGAAUAUUGUUGGCGCAUGGCUGACUCAAGUUUAUCACCUUUCUUAAACUGAUCUCAGGGCAACAUUGAUUGAAAAUUUAUUGGUGUCUCGAGACCUGUUUUUUUUUUUUUUAUACAAAUCGUUUACUGAAAUGUAUCGAAGUUUUACCACUGACAGAACCGGCUGGAUGGAAAUACCAAAGUGAUUGAGAUCCAACCGGGAUUGGGAUCCUAACGCGAUCGGGAUCUAACCGGGAUCGGGAUCCCACUGGGAUCGAGAUCCCACCGGAAUCGGGAUCCAACCGACAUCUGGAUCCAAACGGGGUCAGGAUCCUUCUGAAUAACGGAAUACAUCGGAAAACGGGAUCCCAUCGGUAAAUGGGAUCCGAUUGGGUGCCCUCUGGGAUCGGGAUCCUAUCGGGGAACGAAAGGUUUACAGAAGUUAUUAGAAAUGUGUUUGAAUAGAAGACAGAAUUGUUAUUACCAUUUUUACUAAAGCGGAGUUGUUGUUGUUUUUUUGUACACGGUGCUUAAAUUUAAUGUGUAUUGUAAGGCUGUAGAAGUUCCUUUGUUCCUAAUGCUAUCCCGGCAAAUGACGGGUAUAUAUGCUAGUUUAAUUUAUAAUUGUAGCCGUGCAUGAAGUGUCAUAAUUCUGCUAAGGUGCUAAGGAGAUAGGAAUUAUUUACCAAAGGUCACAUUUAUUUAUUAAUGCGGGACUUAUCGGAGCGAAGGACUGAGUGUGGAAAGCCAUAUUUAAAGAUCUAGUUGGCAUCUCAAACUGCUGUAACUUUCUUUAGUUUAAUUACAAAUCAAUGAAUAAAUAUUUGCGCCUUUCGGUUAAAUUUCUUGGAUUUAAAUAAAACGCAUUUUAAUUUAUUUAUUUUUAAAAACAAAUUUCAGUUGUGGAGUGUUGCUUUUAUUGUAGCUUUAUAGGUCUCUUUAGAGCUGUGCUCAAUGUUGUGUUAAUUGGUGUGUUAAUGUGAGGGGAUAGUCCUGUAACGUAAAGCUAUCCCAUAAAUAAGGCAAUACGUGGGAACACAAUAAACGCUUCGAUUUGUGUGUGUGUGCCUUUCAGGUACCUACAACAUGUCCUAAUUUUUCUGUUAUCUGCCUAUCGAAGAACCAGACAACUCAUGGCCAGACCCGGUAGGCGUGUUACUUAACGCUUUCCCAUAAACAGGGCAACACAUGGGAAAACGAAGAACGCUUGAUGCGUAGUGUGUGUUUCUGUGUGUUUCUGUUUUGUUGUUGUUUUUGUGUUUUUUUUUUGGUUUUUUUUUCAUUUACAAUGUCUUAAAAUGUUCAUGUUCUUUGUCUUUAUUUGAACCAGACGACCAAUGGCCAGACUGGUGGGCGUGUUCAUCGGCAUCGUCGUGUCGUCCAUUGGUUUCGUGCUGCAUGUCGUUGGUUUGGCAACGCCCAAGUGGACGGUGGACCAUGCAAAAGAUCACCACUCUGGACUGUGGGAGCGCUGCUCGCCCAAAUUAUGCGAGCACUUUGCUUUGUCCCAGACAGAAGGUAAUCCCGUCACAUUGUCCUGUAAGGGUCAUCAAAUUUAUGCUCAAUACUUUGCUCCGCAACUGCGAUAACACCCAGUUCAGACUUAAAGAGUUAUUAAUAAUAUAUAUUUAUAAAUAUAAGUGUAUAACAUGUGACGCGAUUUCUAAAAUUUAUUUCCUGGAGGGUUCUAACUUACUCCCUAUAUCAUAUAAGCCGUCAGCUUCCCCCAAAAAUAGAGACACUUCCGAGACGUAAUAUGCUUACAAGAUUGUACUCUUUGUAGUAUGUGUGUAAAUUAAGAUUUGUAUCUGUCGAGGAUUGCACUUUUUCAAUUGAUGUGCAAGUAAGUUGAUCUCUUUUUGUUUCUUUACUUAUGUCCAUUUGAUUUUGUAUUCUUUAUAUAAAUUUACUCGUGUAAUUAAAUUGAAUAUUGUUAGCAUCACUAGCCUUGGUUUCGAUUUUCUUUGUAUACUCGUUUUCAAGUCUUUGUUAUUUAUUGUUCAACAAACGAGCUGAAUCUUAAAACAGAUUAUAUUGACAAAAACCAUAUCUUGGUACGUAACGAUAGCAUAAUUCGAAUAUAAAUUAUGGACUUGCAUCGUCUGUGCCUGGACGCCUGGAUGCAUUAUAGUUCAGCCAUAUCACCUUCUUCUCAAAUUUAUAACUGCAAUUUUUGCUUACACAAAAUUCUCUAUUUUCUUGAUCUACAAACGCUCCAUUUUCUCGCAGUACAACUGCUCUAUUAUUUAUUUAUUUUUUUGCAUUGCAACUGCGCUAUUUUCUUGCAGUAUACCUGCUCUUUUUUUCAUGUUUUCUUGAAAUAUAACAGUUCUAUUUGAUUUCACAAAAGCUGUGUUUUUCACAAUUUUAAAAAAAAAAUUUGAAGUGAAAUACAUUUAAUGCUUUAUACUGUAAUCAAGUUCCUUGGACCCAGCAGAUUGAUUUUCUUCAGAGUUACCCUCUUUUCAACAUUUUGACCAAAUUGUCUUUUUUUUUUUAUUUUAAAAGACACACAAGAAAAUGUUCUUGUUGGCUUUAUAUAGUGAUUACUUGAUAUAAACACACGAACAAAUAUCAAAAGUUGUUAUUUAUAUGGUUCUCCCUUCUUGUUUCCAUACAUUGUUUUGAAUGAUAGACAGCCAUGAUCUGUCAAUACCUCAUUUAGGUGGUGAACCCUUGGCCCAUAGCCAAAUCAAUUCCACAUUUAGGUGGUGAACCUAUGGCCCACAGGCAAAUCAAUACCACAUUUAGGGGGUGCACCUGCGGCCCGCAGGAGGUGAACCUACGGCCUGCAGGCAAAUCAAUACCACAUUAAGGGGGUGAACCAGCGGCCCGCGGGAGGUGAACCUACGGCCUGCAGGCAAAUCAAUACCACAUUAAGGGGGUGAACCAGCGGCCCGCAGGAGGUGAACCUACGGCCUGCAGUCAAAUCAAUACCACAUUAAGGUGGUGAACCAACGGCCCGCAGGAGGGGAACCUACGGCCUGCAGGCAAAUGAAACACAAUUUUGUAUUACUAUUUUGACGUUAUUUGAAAUGUUCAUAACAUCGGAGAAUAUUGUUCUUUAUGUCCUUAAAGAAUUGAUAUCUCACUCUGUGAUGGUACAUUUCUAUUCAAUGAUUUGGCUAAAUGUCUAUUUAAUAGUUUUAAUACGUACAUAGCUUGUCUAUUUAACAGUAUGGAUACGUGUAUAUUAAACAAUUUGGUUACAUGAAAUUUCUAUUUAACGGUGGGACUACAUGUAUUUUAAGCAUAUUGGUUACAUGUAUGUCAAUUCAAUGUGGUUACAAGACUAUGCAAUUGUUUCAACAGUGGGGUUGCAUGUCUAUUCAAUAGUUUGGUUGCAUGUCCAUUCAAUAGUUUGGUUGCAUGUCUAUUCAAUAGUUUGGUUGCAUGUCUAUUCAAUAGUUUGGUUUGCAUGUCUAAUCAAUAGUUUGGUUGCAUAUCUAUUCAAAAGUUUGGCUAAAUGUCUAUUCAAUAGUUUGGUUGCAUGUCUAUUCAAUAGUUUAGUUGCAUGUCUAUUCAAUAGUUUGGGUGCAUGUCUAUUCAACAGCCUGGUUGCAUGUCAGUAAGGCGUUCGCUCUUUUGGGAGUUGCAGCCGGACUGAUGACUAUCGUAUCCUCCAUCAGCCAUGGAAUCUACCUGACCAGCAAGAUGUGCAUGGACAUCCGCAAGGUGCCGGCCGUCUUGGGUGUAAUCACGUGUAAGUAAACCAUAGAAUGAAACGGAAGGAUUUAUCAAAGUAUCAACCUGGGUUGGGCAACCUGGGUCCCGCGGGAAAACUAAGGCCCUCUGAUACGUUAACUUGGCCCCGAAACUCCACCGUUUCGUAAAAUGUACACAUUUUGAAUAAAUGUGUGUAAAAAAAAAGAACCUUUAAACAUGAACAAUCGCAAGAAUUUUUUGAAACGCCUGUAACUAGUGUGGCGACCAUUAGCUAGUAAUUAGUUAUUUGACUUUACAUGUCAGCGAUCAUCUCACUAUGAUUAUUUUACAUUAACAAAACAUAUUGUUGUUGUUAUAAUAUUGAAUUCUAGAUUCUAAAAAAUUAUUUUAGGGCCCGCCAUAAGAUAUUUUUUUUUUAAAUUCCACGCUUCCAUCUGCGCAGAAAAGGUUGCCUGCUCAUUGUAUAAAUUAUGUACAGUUUGUAUAAUUUAUAUAGUAUGUUUGUAAUAAAAGUUCAGAAUACAAUAUGUAGAAGUACAACAAGUCGUGCCAAAAAUUAGCUUAUAUGUGUACGCGUUGAAUUAGAGUAUUAGCAACGAAAGGCAUAAAGCUACGACGCAACAUAUAAAAAAAUCACAUACAUGCAGAUACGACACAACAUAUACAAUCACAUACAUGCAGACACGAUGCCUCACGUGAAUUCACACGCGUAAUCACUCACCGCAGGUCAUAGCAUAACACACAUAAGGACACUCCUCAACACAUUCAUGCACACACAUAUACACACAUACAAACACAUAUAUGUAGACACAGCACAUCAUAUAAAAUGAAACCCAUACAGACACAGCACAGUACAUAUAAACAUAGAUAUGCAGGCACAUCAUGAGUCGUGCAGCCACACCCAUAUUGGCGACACAUCACAUAAAAAUCCCCUUAGCGGCACACCAAAGUGUCUCGACUCACGCCCCUACAUGAUACGGUUAUUACCUGUACCACAGUCCGGAUGUGUUCAUGCCUGACCAUAACCUCCUGUCUCUUUCAGUUGCGUGCGUCAUCACCUGCGUGUGUGUGUUCGGCAUCCACAUGAAGAGCCCCGUCGGCUUUUCCCUAAUCAUCGACUUCAUCGGCGGAUUCCUCAUGUUCGUCGGGGCCUGCAUUGUCACGGUGCUGGGCAAGCCGAAGUCAGACAAUGACGACGUCACGCUGGUCACCCACAUGUAUUAGAUUACAAUAAAUCUCUUGAACCUCCCGUGUUUAUUUGUUGGCUUCAUACUUCUAUGGAUUCUAACUUUCUGUGAACUUUCGAUUAAGCUCCACACAUAUAUGUGUAGACAUGUGUAUGUGUAUGAUGGUGCUCAGCUCUUCGUCAACGGAGAGUGAGCUAGAGAUAUUGGACCCAAAGGUAUAUGCAACUCAACAUCUGACAGAUUAUGGCCCAUAAUUGUUAUGUUUGGAAGUGAAUUGUGUUUCUUUCAUCGUGGCAUUUGCUUCUUUUUUUCUGAAGACUAAUGUGUCAGUCCAAAAUGUUCACCUGCUUGGGUGAGGCCAUUAACUAACCGCUGAAGACCUUCUUCUGUGUGCGAUGUUAAGGCGGAAUCAUCAGCGAACAGCAGUACACGAAUUAGUACCUUUUUUUACCUUGGUCUUUGCACGAAAGCGGGCGAUAUUGAACGGCCUACAAUCAGAUCUCGUAUAUGUGUGUGUUUAUGUGUAUAAAAAAUUCCUGUACGAAAGAAUAUACGAAAAGACGAGUCAUCCCGUGGCCACGUUAUAUUCGCAUUCACGUUGAAGGGGAGCGAAUUAUAUUCGGUUCCAUUGUAUUUAUUUAACUGUCAAGAUUUUAUUUUUAAGUUUGGGAUGUACAGUUAACUUCCAAUUUUUAGCCUCUCUAUGGAUUUGAUGUUUGGAUGUUUGAUGUUUCGUAUUGAGGAUAAUAACCGCGUUCAAGCUGUGUGAAGGAACUAGCAGAGAAAUGUAUCUGGAAGCUUGAACUAGAGAGACGGGACGCUAAAAGAAGAACGUUCCGGCUAAGAGCCUUCCCCUGAAGACGGGACAAAAGGAUAAACAACAAGAAAUUGACAUCAGUUCGAAAAUAUUAAGGGUUUGGAGGCUCGCCAUGUUCGCGAUGUUGUGCGAUGUUAGUAUUGGGGGUUUCAGUCUUUCCGAGUGUAGGAAGUUGGCAUGGUCAGAUUUGAAAGUUAUGUGGGGUUUUUUUUUGUUUUUUUUUAUUUCAUUUUUUAAAAAAUGUAUUUAAUGUUGGUUCAAAGCUGAUCUUGACUUGAGUAAACCAAUAUUGUACAUUGACUCUUGGGCCGGCAACACACUCAUAUGAUGAUGAUGUUUGAAUACAUUUAUAGCGCUUGUGUCCAUGCUAUUUUAGCGCGCGCACGGUGCUCCGAUGUCCUAAAGUCUUUUAAAGAAAAAAAAAAGUCUUUAAAUUUGUUCUUAAAAUGACUUUUUUUUUAAUCAUGUUCAAUUUCCCCCAGACUAUGUCAGAUUGCUUAGCCAUAUGUUUGUGUUGUUAAAUAACAAGUACGUGUCAGAUUGGUUAGUCAUAUGUUUCUAGUGUUAAUGAAAAAGUCUGUGUCAAAGUACUAGAGCAACUGUGCGCGCGCAGUGUUACGACCAGUUAUGAGCUCAUCGUAAGCCGGGUUUGAACCGCUGAGACAUGUUAGAGAGAUUGGCAAUCAAUUUAGUGUUAAUUUAGUGAGAUCAUGAGUGGAGCAGCUCGUGAGAUGCAAUUGAACGUUGAACUUGUAUGAUUGGUUCGAGAGGAAAUUGAAGUGACCGGUGUGUGAACCAUCAAACGUUGUCACUUGUGUUGUAAAGCCAAUGAUUAAAGAGACGUUGUUGAAACCUGUU